CAGAUCUCUAGAAUUACUCACGUUCACUGAGCUGGGAAGUAGUCUCCGUGGCACCAAACGGAGAGCAGAGGAGAGCUGCGAUUCGUUGGGGGUUGUUUCAGUCAGUGAAACGCAGUGAAGCACCUCACAGGCUUUGAUGCGGGCAGCGCCUGUCGCCGUGAGGUUAUUUGCCUAUAAGGACAACAGAUUAACAAUGGAACCAUCAAAAGAAUAUCUAUUCAAAUACAAAGGGUUUUAUUUUGCUGUAAAAAAUACUUCACUUGAGUAUGUAGCUUCCCUGGAGGAUUUUGAAAUCAAAGAUAGUGACAUAUUUUUAGCUACUUACCCAAAAUCAGGAACUGUGUGGACUCAGAACAUUUUGAGCUUAAUAAUUCAUGAAGGCCACCGUAAUGGAACAGAAAAUGUGGCGACCAUGGACAGAAUCCCAUGGCUGGAAUACAGGACAGAAAAUACGGAUUAUGCAGCUCUUCCUUUGCCUCGUAUUUUUGCCACCCACCUGCCUUACUACUUAGUUCCAAGAGACCUGCGAAACAAAAGAGCAUGUAUUAUUUAUGUCACCAGGAACCCUAAGGAUGUUAUGGUUUCUUACUACCACUUCUCCAAAUACAUCACCACACUAGAGGAAGUACCAGAUUUUAACGUUUUUAUGGAGAGAUUUUUAGCUGGCAAAGUACUUGCCAGUUCGUGGCUGGAUCACGUUGCAGGCUGGUACAGUCAUGCAGAGGAUUUCAAUAUACUCUUCCUUACCUAUGAAGAAAUGAAAAAGGAUCUCAGAAGCGCUGUGCUGAAGAUCUGCAACUUCCUAGGCAAGAAGCUGAGCGAAGAGGACGUGGACAGUGUUGUGAGACAAGCUGCAUUUGAGAACAUGAGAAAAGAUCCCAGGGCAAACUAUGAGAACCUGCCAGAUGACAUGGUAGCGAAAGACAAGGGCAGUUUUCUACGAAAAGGCACUGUUGGAGACUGGAAAAACAUCAUGACAGUGGCACAGAGUGAAAGGUUUGACAAAGUUCUUAAAGAGAAAAUGAAGACCCUGCCCAUCAAAUUCAUCUGGGAUAUUAAUGAUGAAAUGUAGGCUGGUUUUGAGUUUCAGCAUCCUUUUGUGUUUAUACUGGAUGGACAUAUGUGAAGUUCUGGAAGAAGAAAAUACAUCAAUUUUCAGCUAUGUUAUAGAAACGAUAACAACACACGAACAUGUGUUGUCUGAGGAAGCUAUUCAAUUCCACUAGCUUCUUUUUUGUAAUUUUACAAGGUAUUUUAAUUAACUUUCUGAGUAAACUGACUUCCUUUCUUCAUGUUUGCUUUUUCUUUCAUUGGCUUUAAUAAUACCAGAGUUGUAGACAACCAAGUGAGGAUAGAUUGGUGUUGCUAAAAACUUUCUGAAAAAUGUUUCACUUAUGUAUUUUGUGAGGCUUAUUUUGUAGAAACUUCAAUGUCCAGACUGGAAGUAAGAUUGACCAGCUUAUGUAUGGUUAUGCUUUGGUAUGUUUGAGUUCCUAUUUCCUUGGUAAACACCAAUACUCAAGCGUUUGCUAUUAAAGUGACCUUUAUGUUGCCUUA